AGAUCACACCACUCCACUCCAGCCUGGUCGACUGAGCAAGACUGCGUCUCGGAAAAAAAUAACAAAUAACUCUGGUACAGUGCGGUGAUACUUGUUUUUCCCACUAGACUGAUGCUUCAUGAAGACAUGGAUGACCAUAUCUGAUGUGUUUGCCAUCGUACCUUCAGUGCUUAGCGCAUAAUGGGCACUGUAAAGUUAAGUGAAUGAUGGAAAACUGAGACACAGAGCCUGUGGAGGGCAGGGAACACACCUGUUCCGUUUGUCAGCAUUUCCAUCCUCACGACAGUCUGUUGCACGUAUUAGGCACACACAAAACCUGUACAUGGUCAGGUUUUCUGUUUAACUGAAUUGGCUUUCCCGGUGUGAUAAGAGUCAGCAUAAAGCUAUGACAAGACUCCAGGUUUGUUUGCUUCAAGCCAGUGCUUUUAUGAGCAGGGUAGAUGUGAGGAGCUACGAGUAAGCCAUUUGGAAAGUAUGAUGAUGGUCUGACAUCCUUAGGAGGCCUCUAAGGUAAGCUUGAUAUUAAGGUGUGUGAACUGUGGACCCUUGGAGAAGUAAUCUAUGAAUGGCUCUGCUGAAAAGACAUCCACAGAUUCUAUCCAGUAGUGUUUGACCUGUUGGUAGAACUGAGAGGCCUUUGCUCUAGGAGUCCUGUCUGCAGGUUGAAAUUCCAUUCUGGCUGUUUUCUUUAGAAGCAUUUCUUCGUUCACAUUGAUCUAAACUUUUUCUUAUUUCUUUUCCCCCCAUAUUUUCAUUUUUUAAUGCCGUUCAUACCAUCUUUCCACCAUCACAUUCCUCGUAUAGAUUUGUAGCUUUUAGAACAAGAAAAAACCUCUAAAAGAGAUCAUCCAGUCUGGUUGGGGCCUCUCCAUUUUUAUAGAGGAAAAACUGAGGCCCAGAGUCUCUUCCAUCCAGAAAUAUGUAUUGAGCCCCUACUCUGUCGAAGACACUCUGCUAUGUACCAGAGAUACAUUGUUCAAUAAGACAGAUGGAGUCCAUGUCUUCACCACAGAAAAUUUUUACUGCUUGUCACCAGGUCACUUGAAUGGUUGAGCAUGGACCCUGUUGCUACCCACAGCUGCCAUCUCCUCCAGCAACUGCAUGAGCAGCGAAUCCAAGGCCUGCUUUGUGACUGUAUGUUGGUGGUAAAAGGAGUCUGCUUUAAAGCACAUAAGAAUGUCCUGGCGGCAUUCAGCCAGUAUUUUAGGAGCCUCUUUCAGAAUUCUUCAAGCCAGAAGAGUGAUGUUUUUCACUUGGAUGUUAAAAACGUCAGUGGCAUAGGGCAGAUCCUGGACUUCAUGUACACUUCUCAUCUAGAUCUUAACCAGGACAAUAUACAAGUAAUGCUGGACACAGCACAGUGUUUGCAAGUUCAAAAUGUUCUGAGUCUGUGUCACACAUUUUUAAAAUCAGCCACUGCAGUACAGCCACCUGGCAUGCCUUGUAAUAGUACAUUGUCUCUGCAAAGCACCCUGACCCCAGAUGCCACUUGUGUUAUCAGUGAAAACAACUACCCCCCUCAUUUACUGCAGGAAUGUUCGGCAGAUGCACAGCGUAAUAAAGUGUUGGAUGAAUCGCAUCCGCAUGCUUCACCAUCAGUUAAUCGUCAUCACUCCGCAGGUGAAGUCUCAAAACAAGCCCCUGAUACUUCAGACGGCAGCUGCACACAACUGCCUUUCAAACAGCCAAAUUACUAUUACAAACUCAGAAACUUUUACAGUAAACAGUACCAUAAACACGCAGCUGGUCCCAGUCAGGAGCGAGUUGUUGAGCAGCCUUUUGCUUUCAGCACCUCCACAGACCUUACCACGGCAGACAGCCAGCCUUGUGCUGUCAGUCAUUCCGAAUGCAUCCUGGAGUCUCCUGAGCACUUACCUUCUAACUUCCUGGCCCAGCCUGUGAAUGACUCUGCCCCACACCCUGAGUCAGACGCCACGUGCCAGCAACCUGCCAAGCAGAUGAGGCUCAAAAAGGCCAUUCAUCUGAAGAAACUCAAUUUCCUGAAGUCACAGAAAUCCGCAGAGCAAAUAUCUGAACCCAAGUCAGAUGAUGGUUUGACAAAGAGGAUGGAAUCUGCUAGUGAAAAUACCCUAGAGAAAGCUAGCAGCCAAAGUGCUGAAGAAAAAGAAAGUGAAGAAGUCGUCAGUUGUGAGAAUUUUAAUUGCCUUAGUGAGACGGAGAGGCACGAAGACCCGGCUGCGCUGGAAGACGAGUCCCAGACACUUCAGUCCCAGAGACAAUACGCGUGUGAAUUAUGCCGGAAACCUUUUAAACACCCAAGCAACUUGGAGCUUCACAAACGGUCUCAUACAGGUGAGAAACCUUUUGAAUGUAACAUUUGUGGGAAACAUUUCUCUCAGGCAGGUAACUUGCAGACUCACUUACGACGGCAUUCUGGUGAAAAACCAUACAUCUGCGAGAUCUGUGGAAAGAGGUUUGCAGCCUCUGGCGACGUCCAGCGUCACAUUAUUAUUCACUCAGGAGAAAAACCACACUUGUGUGACAUCUGUGGUCGAGGGUUUAGUAACUUCAGUAAUUUGAAGGAGCACAAAAAGACACACACGGCUGAUAAAGUCUUCACCUGUGAUGAGUGUGGAAAGUCUUUUAAUAUGCAAAGGAAGUUAGUAAAGCACAGAAUUCGGCACACGGGGGAGCGGCCUUACAGCUGCUCUGCCUGCGGGAAAUGUUUUGGGGGGUCAGGUGACCUCCGCAGGCAUGUCCGCACUCACACUGGGGAGAAGCCGUACACGUGUGAGAUCUGUAACAAGUGCUUUACCCGCUCCGCAGUGCUCCGGCGGCACAAGAAGAUGCACUGCAAAGCUGGUGACGAGAGCCCAGACGUGCUGGAGGAGCUCAGCCAAGCUAUCGAGACCUCCGACCUCGAGAAAUCUCAGAGCUCAGACUCUUUCUCCCAAGACACGUCCGUGACGCUGAUGCCAGUGUCGGUUAAACUCCCCGUCCACCCAGUGGAAAAUUCUGUGGCGGAAUUUGAUAGCCACUCUGGCGGCUCCUAUUGUAAGUUACGGUCCAUGAUCCAACCUCAUGGAGUUAGUGACCAGGAGAAGCUGAGUUUGGAUCCUAGUAAACUUGCCAAGCCCCAGAUGCAGCAGACACAGCCUCAGACCUAUGCUUACUCGGAUGUGGACACCCCAGCCAGUGGCGAGCCGCUGCAGGCCGAUGGCAUGGCCAUGAUCCGCUCCUCUCUGGCUGCUUUGGACAACCACUGCGGUGACCCCCUGGGCAGUCGAGCAUCUUCCACCACUUAUAGGAAUUCAGAGGGCCAGUUUUUCUCCAGCAUGACUCUCUGGGGGCUAGCGAUGAAGACGCUGCAGAAUGAAAACGAGUUAGACCAGUGAUGUACCGCGCUUCUCCACAGUAGAGGUCUGUUCGCAGUUUGGCAGGCUGGUGUCAGGGCUGUAGGAGGACCCAGUUUCCCCGUGAUGGUUCCUUCUAACCAGCCAGAGAAUAGGUAGCUUCCCUCCUGAUGAUGGCUCAUAAUCUGAAGCAUCUUGAACUGAGGGCUGAGGGAGAGGGCCUGCUGGCUCACCAUGAGGCAGCUGCGGGAGGGAGCGCUGACGUCACAGAAGCCAAAGGCUGGAUGCUGUCUCAGCAGCUUCAGCUAGCGGGAGAGCGUAUGUGCAGUGUCAACUACUGUACGUGUUGGUCAUGUUAAAGGAAUUAUAUAUGUAUAGUAUUACAAGUAUUUUUGUAUUUUUACAAGAUUGAAAUUUGUAGCAUUUUGUAUUAUUUACACAGAAUUUAUUUGUAUAUGAAACUCAUACCAUAAUUUAAUUUGAAUAAAUGAAACUUUUCUAUAUAAUA